AUGAAACUAUACCAAGCACUUUGCCGCCGUAACCUCAUGCCGAAUGGGCAUAUAUUUAGAGGCAAAGAUCGCCUUGUUAAACCAGUAUUAUCGAAACAUCUACGAAAGGUUCAGGCUGAAUUUGCUGUAGAAGAACAAAAUAUGUUUUAUUUAAGGCAUCCUUAUCUUACAGAGGCUGAAAGUUUUGGGCAUUCAAAAGCUCUUGGUAAAGCUGAAAAGAGGCUAGCUGGCUUUCAAAAUUUAACCAGACGUGUUUUCAAAGAAGAUGUUACUCUUUAUGAGAGACUUGGCCAUCUACGUGUUUCAGAAGGAUGGGAUUGA